AUGAUUAAUCCAUCCUUUAAUUUUUAUUAUAAGAUAUUAUUUUAUCGAUUUUAAAAACUAUUGUUUUCUUAUUUAUUUAUCUCAAUAAAUAAAUAUUAUUUUAUUUUGUUUUUUAUUUCAUUAAAUUAAGUUAAAAUAGAACCUAUAAUAAAUAUAUAUUUAUAAAAAAAUAAAGUGAAAUUGAUUAUUUUAUAUUAAUUAUUAUUAAAUUAUUUUGUAAGCAAUUAAUAGAAUAAAUUUAAUUUUUAUGCUUAACGGGUAAAUCAAAAACUGUUUAAAUCUUCUUGUUAUUUUUAAUUAAUUAUCAAAAAAAAAGAAUCAUUCAUAUAUAAUUACUUUUUCAGUUAACAAAUUUUUACAAUUAAAUUAAAAAAACAAAGAAAUUAAUUAAAAGAAAAGAAAGAAAAAAAAGGUAAAUAAAAAAAGAUUUAAUUAGAAAAUAAAAUAUAUUAUUCAAAUUAAUUUAAAAAAUAUUUUUUCUUUUACGCUAAAUAUUAUAAUUAUUUUUUAUAUUAGCAAUUGCUACUAAUCAUGUAACAAUAACAAGAUAUUCAGCUUAAAUAUGAAGCACCUGCAGAAAAAUUUGAAGAAAUUUUUGAGGAAUACUUGUAGAAACAUAAGAAAAGUAUGAUUUUUGAUUCAGAUGAACUAAUAUCGAUUUACAAUGAGCUUCAAAAGGAGAAGAUAUACUUAACAUCCUACAUUUCACAAGGUGGUUUUGGAUGUAUUUUUGAGGCUAAGCACAAUGAAGAAAUAGUAGCUAUCAAAUGUAGCAAAACUAACUUUCAAAAAAUAGAAGAAGAAGAAAAAAUACUGAAUUUGUUAAAGGAUACUCCUUAUGUUUUUAAAUUUAUCAAAGGGUUUACAAACUAAAAAAAAUCAAGAUACUAUCAGAUUUCUAAAAGAUAUUCAUGCAAUCUUAAAGAAAUUAUGAAAAGCUUCUUUGACUAGAGAAAAACUCUACCACUAAACUAAAUAAUUGGUUUUGCUAUUCAGAUGUCAACAGUCUUUGAAAAAAUUGAGUAGAAUAAGUUGCUUCAUUCUGAUAUUAAACCUGAGAAUAUCCUUUAUGAUAGCUAAGAAAAAUGUUUUUAUCUAAGUGAUUAUGGAGAGUCUAAAUAAUUUUAAAAUGGAUCAAAAACUUACGAUCUCAAAGGGUAUACACCAAAAUAUGCAGCUCCAGAAAUUACAGAUAUAUAAAAUGGUAUCUUCAAUAUCAAAUAUGACAUUUAUGGCUUAGGAGUAAUUCUCCUUGAAUUAACCCUUGGAAAGUUUCUAGAAGACUCAGAUUGUUCUUUUAUCAGAAAUGGAUCACUACCAAAAUAUAUAAGCAAAAAUGCUUUAUAUUAAGAUAUUAACUAAAUCAUAGUUAAAAUGCUUGAAAAAAUGCCUUCGAAUAGAAUUGGUUCAUUUGAACUAACUAAAAAAUUAAAUGAGCUAAGACUAAAGCUAGAAAAUUAGUUCAUUUGUGCAGUAUAAGACAAAUUGGAUUUUACUGAAUCUAAUAUGAUGAUUUCAAAAUUCAGACAAUCUUUUCUUAAAUUUAACUACACAUGCAAACAAAGUGAAGUCAGAUUAGAUAAGUACAAUUUUGAAAGUUACAGAAAUCUCUCUAAAAUCUAGGAAUGCAUAGCAAAGAGGCUUGUUCAUGACUUAAAUCUUAAUUUCAGCUAUAAUAACCUUGGUGCAGAUGGAGCUAAGAACAUUGGAAUGAGCUUGGAGAAGUGCCAAAAUAUAACAUCUUUGAAUCUCAAUCUCUAGGGUAAUAAGCUUGGUGCAGAUGGAGCUAAGAACAUUGGAAUGAGCUUGGAGAAGUGCCAAAAUAUAACAUCUUUGAAUCUCAAUCUAUGUUGGAAUAACCUUGGUGCAGAUGGAGCUAAGAACAUUGGAAUGAGCUUGGAGAAGUGCCAAAAUAUAACAUCUUUGAAUCUCAAUCUAUCGGAUAAUAAACUUGGUGCAGAUGGAGCUAAGAACAUUGGAAUGAGCUUGGAGAAGUGCCAAAAUAUAACAUCUUUGAAUCUCAAUCUAUCGGAUAAUGAGCUUGGUGCAGAUGGAGCUAAGAACAUUGGAAUGAGCUUGGAGAAGUGCCAAAAUAUAACAUCUUUGAAUCUCAAUCUAUAGGAUAAUAAACUUGGUGCAGAUGGAGCUAAGAACAUUGGAAUGAGCUUGGAGAAGUGCCAAAAUAUAACAUCUUUGAAUCUCGAUCUAUGGUAAUUUAACUAACUAUCAAUUUAUUUAGUUUGUUUUAAUUAAUACAUUUGUGAAAUUGAAACUUAAAACAAAUGGGUUUGGAGAAUUAAUUGA